AUGUUGAGCUCUACUUUUAUUCCGGAGGACAUUGAAUACUGGUUAUAUACCUAUGGGUUCAUCUUGUUCAUUUUCCUAAUGCUCUGGCAACUGAGAAGAAGUUACUGUGGAUUGAAAUUGGAACCCAAAAGGAGCUGCUGCCGGCGUCACCGGAAAGUCAGGCAAAGGGCUAGAGAUGCAGCAUCAAGAGCCAGGAGACUUUCCCAGGAAGAAGCUGAGAAGCCACGGGAGCUGAUCUCAGUCAUGAAAAGUCAAGGCUGGCUUCCUGCAGACCAAAAUGUGCGGCGGCUCCUGUGUGAAGAUCCUUGCUGCCAAAUCUGCAACGCCGUGGCUCUGGAAGUUCACCAGUUACUGGUGGAUGAGAGCAUCAUGCUUUCCCCCAGUUUAUCAGGGACAUCCCAGGGCUCGUCUUGUGUAAAUGUUCUGUCCAUGUCUAGUGUAUCUUUUGAGCAGAAUCUGGAGAUUCAUUCUGAUCACUCUGAGGAGCUCUUGCAAGUACCACCUGUAUCCCCCAAACUGGCCAAAGUAAUGGAGGCUAAAUGCUUCACUCAGCCAGCUGUCAAAUCAAGCAGUGCUGUUGGCAUCCAAAAAUACUGGGCUGAUUACCUCCAGCUAGAGCAAGAAUUUCAAGUGCAAGAUAUAAUCUUAGACCCAGAGACGAUGGCUUCUUCAGUGCUAGAGGAGGCUACAGUUCCAGAGAACCAGCAGGAGAUGUUACAGAUUAUUUCUACCGAAGCUCAUGAGUGUCAAACACUGCAGCCUUUCAAUUCCCAGGGCCCUUUAAUGACUUUAAAUCCAGAUAUUACGACUCUGGUACAUCCCGUGGCUUUACAAAUGGUACCCCAUGGCCACUUGCCAUUCCUUAGUCCUGAAUCUCUGAGGCUUCUUGAGAUACAUGUGAAAAAAUGGAUGCAUUUCCAGAGAUGGGGGCUCCCUAGACGUGUGGAGGAGUCUCUGAGGCAACUGAUGCCAAACCCCCCAAUGAACUGCCAGCCUGAAAAUAAUGAAGUAGUUCCCUUACUCUUGAAUAAUACAUCUCAAAUCAGUGUUCAUAGCUUAGGCACAAUUUGCCACCAGGCUUGGUGCUCUUGUAUAACAGGCCAGGCCAGCCAAAUAUUCUGGGUUUCUGAAUGGUCCAUAACAGACCCAGAACAAAUAUACCACUGCCGUCAUAUUCCAAACACCAUGACCCUAACAUUAGCGUCUCCAGCCACUAAAGACCCAAAUGAUUUCCAGCAAUUUCUUGGUGCACAGGAUGGUGACCCAGGGAUUCAACUGCAAAAGACAAGCAGCCAGCUAUUCUGUGGCCUCCCCUCCCUGCACAGUGAGUCACUGGUUUCCACUCUCCUGGGCUCUCCAGGAAUCUCUAAGAAUGAGAAUCAGUCCAAGCCUUCCUUGAAGGAUCCUUCUGUCUUCAAGGAGCUUUCUCUCCUCCCUCUGAUGCCAAAAACUCCAACCCAGCCUGAUGAAUCUACUUCCCCACCUUCCUCAAAUUGGGUGUCUCCAUCUGACCAUCAACAAGCUCAGAUCCACGUCCCAUUUCUGACUCUGGCUGAAUACGAAACCUUGGAAUGGCACCUGCUGCAGAGGCAGCUCCAGCUUCAGUGGGGCUUACCAGCUGCCUUCCGGAAAUCUCAGCAUCCCCACAGCACCAUGCAGCAGGAUCCCUAUGGCAAAGCCCGGUCUCUCGAGGCUGUAAAAACUUCCUGGUCAGGAAAGCCUGUCUCAGUCCUCACCAGGGAAUUGCUUUUCUUCCCGGAGCAUGCCCGGAGGAUGCUGGAAUUCCACCUCCAGAAGCAGGUGAUCCAUCACCGUUGGGGUCUGCCCCAGAAGAUCCAGCAAUCCAUCCUGCAACUUCUCUCCUCCACUAACCAGCAGGCUUUGGGGUGGAGCCGUGAAGAAUUACCCAAUGAAAGUAGACCCCAGGCUACAGCCCUAGAAACCAACAGGGACAGUGAUCUGCUCUCACCCACUGUGACUCCAAUACUGACCCCUAAGCCACACUUGUUCACCGAGGCCAAGGCACUGUUGCAGAACCACAUCACUUCUAAAUGUAUACAGAUCCAACAAGGCAAGGUCCCUGCACGUGUGUACAGCUCCUGGAGCUGCAGAAUUCCUGGGGGCCUAGCAGUGGUUCCCUUUUCCCGCAUUCCAGAGGUCCAGACCCUGGAGCUGCAGGAAGCAACUGACCCUGACCCACAUUAUGAAAUUGUGUCCUGGAUGCCAACAGUUCUUGAUCAGCAAGAACAGGCCUUACCACAUGCUGUCCCUAAACGCCAUAAGAUGCCCCAAGCUCUGUCUGAGGAAGCCAUUGAGAAACUGGAGACUACUUUACGACACAAGUACCUAGCCUUCCUGUCGGGGCUGCCUGCUCUUUAUUAUGUGGCUCUCUGCAGAGCCAUUACCCCACUGAUCAAUAACCAACCCAUAAUCACAGAGGCGGUAUCUGGGUCUACUAAGAGCCUAACAGAGGCCCCAACUCAAAUGAUAUCAUUUCAAGAACAACAUUUGAGUAUUGAGUCAGGCUUUCAAGAUGACAAUAAGAUGCCUAUAGACAAUGCAGAGGAGUUGCAGACUGAACAACAGACAGAAGGGACAAUGGAAACGGUGCUUCCAGAAAAUCAGACACAGCCUGAUAAUCCGGACCCACCCAAGACACACAUCUUGACCAAACUCAAUUUCCACCUGAGGAAAAAGGUCUUAGAGAUACAAUUGGGAAUUCCCAUCAGGGCAAGGGUGUCCAGGGAAGAAAACAUUGCAAAUGUAGAGAACAUGUCUUCACAGGAGUCUCCUGAGAAUGUCAACAACCAAGAAGAAGCACUACCCCAGAAACCAGCCACCCAACCAAGUCGUCCUCUUGCCUUACCACCUGAGUGGGGGGUCCUCUUCAAGGAGCAGCUGGCAACUGAGCUGAAGGCAAUCCAGCAGAGCCAAAAGCAACCUACCUCCAAAGAAGUGCCCCAUGGGGCUGCCAACUGGGCUUCCACGAUCUCUCAGCCCAGUGGGGACACAACACAGGCCCAGGUGCUUCAUGUCCAGGUGGAGACCAGUGAAAACAACCCCAGCCUGGAAGAAGCCUGGAGCCCCGAGCCCCAAAGCCCUGGCAAGAGCAAGGACUCAGCACCACUCCUCACACUGGCUAAGAAGAAAGAGGACCCAGGGCAACUCAGAGGAGCAGGAGACCAAGGGGAAGGGGAUGCAGGUCUUGGGCCCUCCUUAGCCCAAGAAGAAAGACUCCCUGUUGAAGAGCAAAGGCCAGCAGGGAUGCCUCUGAAGAGGACACUGCGAGGCUCCAGGAGACACAGCCAGAGCUUUCAUCUUGCCGAUCUUUGCCAACACAAACCCCAGAAUCACCCUCAGCUUAAGCCCCCAGAGCCACCUCCAGGAAGCCCUGGGAGGAAAGCUUCAGGAAAUGGCUUGCAAAGUAGCCGAGUCAAACUAAAUGUCCCUCUCCAACCACCAAAGAUUCUUGAGAAUGCCCAGCCUAUGGUGGCCUGGGCUUCCCACGGCCAGCCUUCCCAGGGCCAACUCAUUCAGGCUAAGUUUUCUCAGGGCCAUGCUUGGCCAAGUCAGCUUUUUCACGACCAAGUGAGGCCAGCCCACCCUCACAAGAGGCCCAGCCCUCCAGACUCAAACCUGAUAAAUAAGAUGAAAUCCUUCCUUCACUCCUUUAACCCCAAGACCAAAGGCAGUGUGUGCUUGGAAUCCACAUUCUGUGCAGCUGAGAAAGCAGCCAAAAGCAGAAAAGAGAAUGCUGAAAAGAGACAGGCUCCAGCCAAAAGGCCCACAAAGAGAAGUAAAACCGAGAAGCCAGCUGCACACCCCAAGGUCCAGUCUUCUCCCACUGAGAAACUGCUGGGCCCGGCUCUCCUGAGGAUCCCUCACUCCCCAGACAAUAAGCUCCGGUUCCGCUCCCAACAGCAAAGCUCUGCCCCAGUCUCGGCCUUCCCCCGCCACUGCCCUCGGCACUGUCCUCGAAUGGUUCGUGCCACCCAACCAGGGAACGCUUCUUAG